GGUGGCAGUAGCAAAGAGCUCCGACCGUCCCACAAGCUGGCACCGCGGGGUGGGCGUUCCGUACUAAAGACGGCGCGCAGACUAAGGCCAAGCUCCAGUUGCGAGAGCGCCGCCGAGCGUGCGGGGCCGAAGUAGUCAAAGCGGAAGCGCGGGUUGUCUUUGCCUCAGUCAAGCCGCGGCGGUUCUUUCGUUCGGAACUUCGCUCGGUCGAGAGCGGCCGGGACGCGGCGCCUCGAGGGAGGAGGGGGGGGUCCCCCGGGCCACGUGUUGCGGCCAGGGACUCAGCGGAGGGGACCCUCGCUCUUUCGCCGGCCGCUCUUCGGACCGCCGCUGGUGGCGGCCGGCCGGGAGACGCUCCGCAUGCGCCGCUCGAGGAGGCGAGUGGGUGAAGAGAAGGGCUCCAAAUUCAAACGACGGAGGCAGCAGCGAGGUAACCCGGAGGAGUAGCCCGAAGCCGAGCGGUCGAGAAACGGGAGAGAAGAAAGAAGGCGGCGGUUGGGAGGAGAGAGAAGAAUAAAAACAGGAGGAAAAGGUGGGAAGCCGAGACCGGGUGAGGAUCCCUGGCAUUUCCCUACCAACGGAACGGGGCUCUUCUCCUCGCUUUUAUUGCUCUCCUGCCGAGGCAUCCCUUCCCCUGAGUCGUUUCCUCUCCCUUCCUUUGGAGCCGAGGCUGCCCAUUGUGCACCGCCAUGGUAGAUAGGGGUCCUUUGUUGACGUCGGCGAUUAUUUUCUACCUGUCCAUCGGAGCAGCUAUCUUCGAAGUACUGGAGCAUCCUCAUUUGCAAAAUGCGGCCGAGGGUUACAAGCAGAAAAAGUCGGAGCUCCUGAAAGAGUUUCCCUGUUUGGGCCAGGAAGGGCUAGAUAAGAUCCUGCGGGUGGUCUCAGAAGCUGCUGGGCAAGGAGUUUCAAUCGAUGCUAAUGACACAUUUAAUUACUGGAACUGGCCUAAUGCUGUCAUCUUUGCUGCUACAGUGAUUACAACCAUUGGUUAUGGAAACGUUGCUCCAAAAACUUCAGCUGGGCGACUUUUCUGUAUCUUUUAUGGCCUUUUUGGUGUUCCACUCUGCUUAACAUGGAUCAGUGCUUUGGGGAAAUUUUUUGGUGGUCGUGCCAAGAGGCUGGGCCAGUUCCUAACGAAGAGAGGAGUAAGCCUGAGAAAGGCACAAAUUACUUGCACAGCUAUCUUCAUCAUUUGGGGCAUUCUAGUCCACUUAGUUCUUCCUCCUUUGGUUUUUAUGGUGACUGAAAAAUGGGAUUACAUUGAAGGCCUCUACUUCUCAUUCAUUACCAUCACCACAAUAGGAUUCGGAGACUAUGUUGCUGGUGUGAAUCCAAAUAUGGAGUACCACUCCCUCUACAGAUACUUUGUGGAGCUGUGGAUCUACCUAGGCCUUGCUUGGCUUUCACUGUUUGUCAAUUGGAAAGUCAGCAUGUUUGUAGAGGUUCACAAAGCAAUCAAGAAACGAAGGAAAAAAAGAAAAGAGUCCUUUGAAAAUCACUCUCCCACCAAAAAAGUUCUUCAGAUGUCUAACACAAAAGAUAUCAACAUAUUCAGUUUCCUUUCCAAAAAGGAAGAAAGUUACAAUGAUCUCAUUAAACAGAUUGGAAAGAAGGCUUUGAAAACAAGCAGUGAUAAAAUUCUCAACUCAGAGCAAACCAAGCCAGCCUUACAGCAUACCAAUAAAGACCUCAAAGUGAUGUACACAAGGAACAAUAUGUUUGACUUCGACAAUGUUUCCCUUGGACUGCAAAACUAUCACGUGAUGAGGCAUUUGACUGACAAACGUCUUGGGGACAGCCCAAUAGAAGGCAAUGUGUUUGUAAAUCAGCUGGACCGGAUCAGUGAAGAAGAAGGGGAAGCAUGGGAUUCGCGGGAUUAUCGACCUUUGAUUUUCGAAAAUGCCAACAUAAAAUUUGUAAAUGAGGGUGAGGAUGAAGAGGAGGACCUUUCAGAUGAUGAAGAAACUUCAAAGUCUUCAGUGGAUGACAAUCUUGCACAGGAGCCUGAAAGCCCCCAGAAACUGCUGAAAUUUUCAUCCUCUGAUGAAUCUGCUUUUACCAGUAAUGAGAUGGAGAUAUCAGUGCCUUAUGAACAGCUUAUGAAUGACUAUAACACAUCAGAUACUGCCAAUGGUGCAACGUGAGAAAGGUGGGAGGGAGUUUCUUGAAAUCAUAUGAUGCAAAAUGUUAACAGAUAGCGAUCUGAAUCAACAAGAAGAAGGAAUAUCCUAUGAGAUAUUAUUCACCACUUCCUUCUGUUAAACAGACUGAAAACAGGUGUUGCCUGGAUCUUGUCUGUUGAUGAAUUUUACUCUCUAUGAAAUAACUGCCCUAAAACCUUGAAGGUUCUCUAGGGAUUUGAUGGUUUUUGAAUUUAAGAGAGGAAGAAAAGUCUAAACUGAUUGGGCCUGUCUUUUCUUUCUUUCUUUCUUUCUUUCUUUCUUUCUUUCUUUCUUUCUUUCUUUCUUUCUUUCUUUCUUUUUCUUCCUUCCUUCCUUCCUUCCUUCCUUUUUUUUCUUUCUCUCUCUUUCCCCUCCCUCCCUCCCUCCCUCCCUCCCUCCUUCCUUCCUUCCUUCCUUCAGAUUGCAGUCAGACUGGUUUUGGUUGAUUGCAGGCCAUGGUUACAUUGGAUUACUGCAUUAACUCUUCAUCCCUGAAGAAACUGAAUGCAAAUCAUGCCAAGGUUCAGAGGGCAAAAAUAUUGAUGGAUUUUUCACAGUCACAUCACAAAACUCUCUUCAUUCUCCCUUAAGGGAUGCUUGAACUGGAAGAAGAGCAGAGUAUUCUGAAGGCCAGAGUUGAGAUACAUGGGUGUCUUGACUAGUGUUUGUCUAAGUUAAUAUAGCUCUGUUGAAUUAUGAGCUGAAGUUCAUGAACAAAAAUACUAACUUGAAACACAGGGUCAGUCUACUGGAAGUAUGGAUCUUGUAUGGACAAGAAACUAAAUAUUUCCAAAUGCUCCUAGCGUUCAUGAAAAGCACAUAUAACGGAUUGAAAUACAGUAAAGCAGAAUGGUGCAAGAAGAUACAUAGAGGAUAGUUAAAAAUGAAGAAAAGCACAGUAACAAACUUCUCUUUUGCAUCAGAAGUGCCCUUUCACCAUCAUCCAUACUUUAGAGGAAAUACUUGAAUGAACUUCAUUUAUAGGUCUAAGUGAAGUUUAAAGGAACUCUGCUUUUGAAUCAGUGUAUCUUAUUAAAUAGGUUGAAUAGCUGAAGUUCCAUUUGAAGGAUUUAAUAACUAAUUUCUUCUUUGUUUUGUCAGUGGCUCCAUUUCUAUAAAGUUCUCCACUCCAUCCGGUACUUUAGAGUAGGUAAUAUUGUGUUAUGAGAUGAAAUACCGCUGUAGUAUUUCAACUGGCUUUCUAAAUAAAAGUGUUAGCUUAUUUUUAAUGAACUCCCUUAACAAAAGAGAAGGAGUAUGAGAAGUAUUACAGAAGCAACAAAAUGUAAUUGUCACAUCAAAAUUUAUCUUUAUCUUUUUAUACUGCUAUAAAACUGCCACAAUGAUUGGAAUUAUUUUUAAAGUAGAAAGCUUACCUAUGAUUUGUAACUUUCUGCUGAAAAAACAAUUCUCAGAAGUAUUCUAGCAGUGUAAGUACUGGAGCUACUUGGAUGAUUUACACUCCAGUGUAAAUCUUUUAUGUUAUAGUUCAGUGGCUUCAGUGGCUUGGAAAUAGAAUGAAAAUUAUAGCUAUUGAAACCUUGAGGAGAGGAUUUCAGAAUUGGAAAAUGGUAAUAAGGCCAACCGGAAUUUUGCAGUACUAAUUGUGAAUAAUAAGGUACAUUCAAGUCCACUCACGUGCUUAAUUUUGAAUCUUAUGUUGUGAGAGUGGAUGUAUUCUAUUAUCUUUAGAAACAUAUCUCUGACUAGAUGUACACUCCUGUUCGCAAACUCUUCUUGAAAAGACAGUUUUAACAUAUUUGCCGGAAAAAAAGUGUUCCUGUUUUGAAUUGUACACAGUUUAUGCAGAAAUGUUUGCAGAAACUUGAUUACUAAGGAACCCAAACAGUUGUAUUUUCAUACAGUUAUUUCACUGAAGGUUCCAGUGUUACCAUUUGGAUCACAUAACGAUUUUUGAUAUUGCUGAAUUCUAGCUCAAGGGGCUAUUUUUGUUGGUCUCUAAAACAUGGUAGCUAUUUGAGUAGAUGGUUCCUUGAAGGACAAGAUUGAUUUUUUAUUGCUAUACAGUAAACCAUCUUUAUCAUCAAAUAGCUCAAAGAUCCAGACAUGUUGUCUUAAAUUUACAUUUCCAAUUGAGCGGUUCUUAGUUAUGAUUACCACUUGUGUCAUGUGUAAAUGACAAAAAUAUAUCUGGCUUUCUUGAAAGUAACUCUGUAAAGCUGAUGUAUUCUGGGAUAUAUUUCAUAAAUGAAUGGCUAAAAAGUUUGCCUCUGCACUAAAGAAGCACACAGUAGUGUGUAAAAUGAAUAUUAUUAAUGUUUUACAGCAUUUUAAAUACAGUACAGGAAUAGAAAGGUGAGAGUGAAUGAUAAGUGUAUGUUGCUGCUUUGGAUGUGUCUGCUUUGGAUUGUUUUAUGUGCUGGAUUGCACAGGUAGGCAGAUGUGAAAUGACAAACUUGAAACAGCUUGCAUCUAGAGAUAAAGUCCUUUCUAAAGUUCAGGCUUGGUGCUGCUGUUUAGUUUUGAUGCACAGGGGAUUAAUACCUUCCUUUAAAAGUGCCCCAUAAUUUGAGGGAUUUGUCUAGCUGUCAAAUAACCAUCAUGUUUUUAAAUUUGAAAUCAAGAUAAAAUUGAUAGUUAGACUUUGAUUUGCUAUUUGAGCUCAUUAGUGGAGAUUUAUUCCAAGUGCUUGGACCAUUGACAGGAGCCUUAAUUCUUAAUAAUUCCAUUUUGUGCCUUGCUACAGGUGAAAUGACAAAAUGUACUUACUCACUGUGACUAGCACAAAGGUGUAUGAAAUGUUUUAUUAGCUGCGUAAUAUGUUCAGUUGCCCUUUAUCUGAGUACAGUUUUCCAGCAGGCAUUACAAGGUAGAAAAUUGGCCCUAUUAGAGAAUUGAUCUUCCUUACCAUUCUGAUAGGAAAUAUUGUCUUCCAUGCAUUAAGGGAAACUAGACUUUUUGUUCUGAGUCUUUAUUUAUGGCCCUGAACAAAUAAAUUAAAUACGAUGGUGGAGGAGACAAUUUUGUUCUGAUUUUGGGAUUUUGAUGAAUUAAAGAAACAUUGAUUCAGGGAGGAGGUUCAAUAACACUUGAAGGCUCUUUGAUUCUCUGGAAAGAAUUUGUAUAACAUGAAAUAUUCUGGAAUGUAAGGUUUGCAGAUGACUGCUGCUUUUUUAAUGAAGACGGGACUGUACAGUUUUAACAGAGCUAACCAGAUUAGUUUUGGGUUCAUGUUAUGUAGCUGUUUACAGAAGGCAUUUAACAAAAUGGUUGCUAGCUAUCAAAAGCACCAGAGCAUGAAUAGUACUCAUAUGUUUCAAAACAAGAGGGAGGGAUCUUCCUUGGUAUCUUUAUAAACUGUGGAUUAUGAAGCCUUAAUAAUGCUGCUUUCUCUGUUUUUCCCUAUAAUCAAUAUUGUGAGUUGUAAAAAACUAAAAUGGUUUCAGAAGAUGAGAUGAGUGACACCUUCUUCCUAUUACUCAGUAGAAUUUUUCUAUAAUCACAAUUAAUCUGGUAGUAUUUCCUGGAGUUGUUUUCAAUAGUUAUAUGACAAAAUGAUAAAGAAUGGAAAAUACACUUACUAUUGAUUUCCAAAUAUAUUUAAUACAAAACUGAUUCACAGUUUCCAUAACAGUUUUAUGUAAAGUGCAGUACUACCGAUACUUACUCUAAAAUGUGCCACUGAAAGAACCGAGUCGAGUACUGUCAAGCAAGAGGGAAACAUUUUGAAAAAGGUCCUUUUUCUUUGCAGGUAUGAUUAACUCCAUUGCUGGCAAUGGAUAUAUCAAAACAUUGCAAAGUCACAGCCUGUUCUUCUUGUUUUGUAUCCCUAAACGUGGCCUGGUUUAUCACUUCCUUUUAUAGGAUGCUACCUUUUGCAUCUUGUUUUAAUUGGAAAUAAAAAGCAAUACAUAAAACUCCUAUUGAGAUGUAAAUUUUGGCUACCACUUUGACCCAUUUUUAAUUUUUAUACCUUCUGUGCUGCACUGAACUCCCAGAGUGAAGGCAUCACUGUUUCAAAUAGUUCACAAACUCUGAACAGCCUUGAACUCAUCUCUGUCACUCCAUCACAUAAAAGAGAGACAAGGGUUUUGUUUUGUUUUUAUCAGUUCUUGUUUGCUAAUUUGUCACUGGAAUCACUGUAUGUAAAUAUUAGACUUUAUAAAAUGUAAUUUAUUUUAACAUUUUUUUCCAAUAAAAAUGAAGCUUUUUUUAAAAAAAAC